CAGGAAGAAGUGUGUGAGUCAGACAAGGAAAGCAGGCACAUGAGAGCAGAGGACACAGAAUCAAGGGCAGAGUGAGGACGGAUAGAAAGAUUUUCUGUGGCGAGAAGAAUGUUCUCAUAACCUGCAUGGCGCUGGGCCGAUAAAUGCUGUGUGGAACAAUUGUUAAGAAGCUGACACACCUGAUGUGAAGUAUGCAAGGUGAGGGCAUGACCUAAAACGAUUUUCUCCGCAUCUUGUAUCAUGAGGGCACAAGCUGCGACCGCUCUGAGACAAGACGGGAGAACUCUAGCCGCAAUGUCAAGUGUUUUCGAGUAGUAUGCGCAAGGGCGCAUCCCCCCCCAUGGGACUGGGCAAGCACAGCAGCCGCGGCACCCCCAGACUCCGACACCCAGAGAUGGAAUGGCAGGUUGUAGUUAGGAAGGCCCAAGGCAGGUGCAGAACGAAGGGCAGUAAGCAGUGCCACAUAGGCAGUGUUCAUGGCAUCAGUCCAAGUCAGGGAGGAAGACAUGGGCUGUUCAUGGGAGAAGGAGACCCAGGAAGGACAUCAUGGCCUGUUUGGUGGCAGGUUUAGGAAGGCCUGUGAUGCAAGAGACCCGGUCAGCAGAGAGCAGGCGUUGACCUUGAGAGAGUUCAUGGCCUAGGUACUGCACACGCGGGAGGCAGAACUGCAACUUUUUCAGUGAAACCUUGAAGCCUAAGUCAGCCAGCCGUGUGAGAACCAGCUUGGAGGCAUCAACACAGAUGCAUUCGUCUGGGGCCGAAAUCAGGAGGUCAUCCGCGUACUGCAGGAGCACAGCGCCCCCGGGGAGGGAGAGGUCUGAAAGGAGGUCCCUAAGCGACGCAGCAAAAGCGGCAGGCGAGUCGCAAAAACCUUGCGGCAAACGAGUCCACGUAUAUUGGCGCUGACGGUGCGUGAACGCAAAAAUGGGCUGUGUGUCAGGCUCAACCGGAAUACUGAAAAAAGCGGAACUGACGUCAAUCACGGUGAAAAAUGCAUGAUGGCAAGGAACCGAUGACAAAAUUGAUGUCACGUCAGAAACAAUAGGGGCUAUCGGCACCACUGCAUCAUUUAAGCGUCGCAAAUCCUGUGUGAAACGCCAAGACGCGUCCGGCUUAGGAACCGGAUUAAUUGGGGUAUUGUAGGCGCUUUGACACGGGACUACCAUGCCCAGAGACAGCAAUGUAGUGAGAAUGGAGUCGAUACCACGCAGUUUGUGUUCAGGCAGUGGGUAUUGUUUCACAUACACCGGUGUAGAAUGUUUAAGAGUGGCCUCAUAUGGUUUACAAUCUACACACCCCACGUCAUCCUUAUGGGUGGCCCAGACCGUGCGAGGAAUGGAGCUGAGAGGUUCCGGGAUGGUUGAGCUGUCAGAGGGAGAGAGAGAAAGGAAAGCAGAUGUGAUGGCGGCGGCGGGGCAGAAAGUGGUCCUAAUCACCGGCUGCUCGACUGGAAUCGGCCUGAAGAUUGCCGUUCUCCUCGCCAAGGAUGAGAAGCAGAGAUAUCACGUGAUAGCAACAAUGAGGGACCUGAAGAAGAAGGAUAAGCUGGUGGAGGCAGCUGGUGAUGCCUAUGAUAAAACUCUGUCUUUACUACCACUGGAUGUCUGCAGUGACGAGUCCGUCAAACAGUGCUUGAACAGUGUCAAAGGCCGGCACAUCGAUGUACUGAUUAAUAAUGCAGGUAUUGGCCUGGUGGGGCCUGUAGAGAGCAUCAGCAUGGAGGAUAUGAAGAAGGUGUUUGAGACGAACUUCUUCGGCGUGAUCCGCAUGAUUAAGGAGGUCAUGCCCGACAUGAAGAGGCGGCGUUCAGGUCACAUCAUCGUCAUGAGCAGUGCGAUGGGACUACAAGGUGUGAUAUUUAAUGAUGUCUAUGCUGCGUCUAAGUUUGCCAUGGAGGGUUUCUGUGAAAGUUUGGCUGUACAGCUGCUUAAGUUCAAUAUCACUCUGUCCAUGAUUGAGCCUGGUCCAGUCCACACGGAGUUUGAGAUGAAGAUGAUCGAGGACGUUUCACAGAAAGAGUACCCAGGUGCUGACCCGGACACCAUCCACUACUUCAAAAAUGUCUACUUGCCAUCCUCUGUGGACGUCUUUCAGACACUGGGUCAGAGUCCUGAUGACAUCGCUAAGUGCACUAAGAAGGUGAUCGAGGCGAGUAGUCCCCGGUUCCGUAACCUGACGAACCCCUUGUACACUCCAAUCGUGGCGCUGAAGAUGGCCGAUGAAACAGGAGGCCUGUCGGUCAGAGCCUUCUAUCACAUGCUCUUCAACCUGGGUGGACUGAUGCACAUCAGCAUGACUGCACUAAAGUACCUGACCUGUGGGUGCUUACGCAGCCGCACCAUCUCACCAAACUAACUCUUCAACAAACACACAGACUCAUUAUCGCUCAGGUGGUGCGCCUUACUGCAUUGCCAUGGUUACAGGCCAUAUAUUGGGGAGGAGGGGAAAAUUGUAUUAUUAUAUAUUAUAAUUGUAUAUUCAGUAAUUCAUUUUCAGAGGGUAAAAAUGCUAUGGAAGUCUUAUGUGCAUGUAAGUUUGUAUAGAAUUCAUCCACAUUUUACAAUGUGUUACAAGUUGGGACGUUGUGUAAAACAUAAAUAAAAACAGAAUACGAUGAUCUGCAAA